AUGAUUUACUCUCAGAGAACUCAGGAUGACUCGGAGGUUGUGGUGCCUGCGGCUGGCGAGACAUUUGUAGCCGAGGACGGAACCGUUUCUGUUGUUCUCGCAGACACCGUUGAUGCCGACUAUGAGCCCACGCAGGAUGAGAUUGAGGACUUUGCCGAGUGGAUGGGAAUGCAGCUGCCAGAAGACAAGGAAUUUUUAUAUAUAGCACGUGAGGGGCUGAAGGCACCGUUGCCGAAGAACUGGAGGCCAUGCCGCACAAACGAGGAUGAUAUUUACUACUUCAACUUUAGGACGGGCGAAAGCACGUGGAAUCACCCGAUGGAUGACUUUUUUCGCCAGAAGUUUCUCAAAAUGAAGGAGGAAAAAAAGAGCUCGACAGUUGCCACGCCCGUGGUAAAAAAGCAUGCUGCUCUUCCUACAACCACCACGGGCGGUGUUCCGACUCUGGGGAAUAGCGGUGGCGGUGGUGGCCCGGUUUCCAUCCUGAAGAAACCCCCGUCGGAUCUGAUUGGAGGCAUGCCCGGCACCGCGACGCAUGCUUUCGUCCCUGCAUUGGGCGCCUCACGGCCAAUGGUGGGCAGCAGCACGACUUCUGUACGAGACCGUGUGGCUGUCGAUACCCUUAAACCGGGGACAACAGCCGUGACGAGUUUUCAGAGUGGAGGCGAACGGCGAAUUGUUUCCGAGGCUGAAAAAAAUCUCGAGGAGAAACUUCGCCUGGAACGUGAGGCGUCAUUCAAGGCGGAUGAGGAAAAGGCAGAGAUUGCACAGGAGGCACGCCUGCAAGAGAUGCUUCGUACCCACGCAGCGGAGGUUGAAAAGCUUCAAAAGGAGCUGGAGGCGAGGCGGGCGGCAAUAGAGAGUCAAGCCGUGGUUGACGAGUGGGGCCCCGCUGGGAAGGAGCGGGAGGCGCUGGAGAAAAGGUGGAGGACGAGUAUUGACCAGGCACUGAAGGACGAGGAGGAACUUCAGCGGCAGCUGUUGGAGUUGAGGGAGCGUCAUGGGCAGCGCUUGUCCAGUGAGGUGGCGCGGGUGGAGGCCACCGUGAGGGAGCAGCACCAGCGGGAGGAGAAGCAGAUGGAGGGAGAGAGCCUUGCCUCACUGAAGAGGUUAGAGGAUGAAGUUUCUGCAGAGUUUCUGAAGAAAAAGGCCGAGUUGCAGCAAAAGUCUUUGGCAGACGUGCAGCGGCUGAAGGAGGCUGCGGAGAAGCAUCACCGGGCGGAAGUGGCGGCGAUGCGGGAGAACCAUGCAGAUCGAGAGAAGAAAGUCACGGAGAGUGAAAAAAAAAUUGCUUCGAUCCGUGCGAAGGAAAGGGAGUCUGUUGCCACCAUUGAACUGAAAUCAAAAAACGAGCAGGCGGCGUUUCGGGCAUCGAUGGAGGCAAAACUCGGCCGCAUGCGCAAAGAGAUGUGUGAGCUUGAGGGUGCUUUUCCGGUUACGCUGGGCAAUGCAUACACGCCGCCGGUGGAUGAUGCCCUGGAUGCAGUGCGUCAACGUUGGCAAGAGGAGGAGCGAAAAUGCAUGCAUACUCUUGCGGAGGAACGACGGAAGAAACUUGGCUCGAUAGAGCGACCUCAGUCAUUGUCUUCUUAUUCCCCAACGACAUCAUCGACCUCUUCUGUUCCCACUACAGCUUCUUCUACCACAGUUUGUGCAGGCGAAGCUGGUGAGGAGCUCCGCGCCGCGAAUGACGUGGUGUUGGCGGAGAAGGAAAAAUCUCUGCAGGAGACGGAGAAACUUCUUCGCGCAAUGCUCGAGGAAGAAUUGCUGCACAAGGAUGCUCCAGCGGAGGUGCAGAUUGCGGAGGCAUUGAAGCAUGAUCUCAAUAUAUUUGUGCGAUCAACGGAGUUGUGUCGGCAGCUUGAGAGAGAGGACCUUGAGCGAAGAGGACAGGCGGCACUAGCAGAGCACAAAAGGGCGAGGGAACUCUACGAAAAGAAAGUGGUAGAGCAACGGGCAAAGAUGGAGGCGGAGUCUAGGGCAGAGAUGGAGGAGAUGAUGCGGGAGGUGGAGCAGAGGGAGGUUGAGAAUGCGCUGCAGGCUAUGACAGUGGAGCGGGAGGUUGCAGAAAGGAAACUUCAAAAGCGCUACGAGGAUGAACGUCGUCUGCUUCUUGCCGAGGUUGAUCAAGAGGCUUCGGCGUACGAGCGGAAGCAGCGGGGUGACAUUGUUGCACAAGAGGAAGCGAAGCUGAAGCAGAGGGAGGCUGAAAUGCACGCCGCGGAGGCGACAGAGGCGCCGGCGGAGGUGAGGCAGUCGGGCCAGCAGCCGGCAUCAGCACCAGCCACAAGUACGCUGGGGGUUUCGUUGGGAUUUUUGUAUCAGCGUUUGGAGUUUGUAGAAAAGACUUACGCCGAGAAGGAGGAAAAAUUACAGGCGGAAUUGAAUUCCAUCCAUGCGGACAUGAGGAGACUGAGGGGCACGUGCACUCCACAGCGGCUGAGACCACCGCCAGGGCAGGCAGACGGCAAUUUGAUGCCGGAUGUUUGCUUUACACCCGCCUUAGCGUUUAACAAGAAGGAAACACAACAUUCCUCACUCUUUGCCUCCGAGGCACUGCGUUUCUUGAGUGAACAGCAGAGAGAGUUGAGCGCGCGUCGGGGGGCUCUUUCCGCAGCCCGUGAAGAGUGGAAAAACAACUUUUUGAAUGCUAGCACCUGCGCGCGUUCUUUUCUUCCGUCAAGUAAGCCUUUUCCUAAGCUCACAGAGGGAGAUGCUUUGAACUCGAAGCUUUUCACACUCGUUGGCGUCUUGAGCGAGCGCCUCGAAGAUCUCACUGGCUGCAUUGCAAAAAUACAGGCCACAACGGGGAGUGCAACGCCGCAGCGACAUGAAGAGCAGCUCCGUCCCCAUUCUGGCCGCCUUCAUGCACGUGAAAAGAUUGCGGUCAACAAGACCCAUACAGGGAGCAACCAGAGGAAGGGAAGGAUUCCACGUGAGCCACACUCGCACGGAAGCCCGGCAAGGCAACAAGACGCAGUUGGCCUAUUGCAGAAAUGGAGUCAUGUUCUUCUUGAAUUUGCGACCCCUUCGUUAGAUCAGGAUGAGCUCACUACCUCCAUCCAACGCUUCGUGGUGGACCAAUGA